AAACCGGGGCAGACUGGGGUUAUAUCUUUACGCAUUGGAAAGCCGUAGUGGGAAGGAACCCUCGUCUGUCGCUCUCCAACGUAACCCCUAUUCCUUUGCCCAUCCUCCCAAAAACGAAAGCAAAGGAGACGAGAGCUGGAUCGGAGAGAUACGAAUCGAAACCCUAAUCUCUUUGGAGUAGUGAGGAACGAACGAAUGAAUGAAAGAUGCCUCUAAUCUUGUACCAAAAAAAAAAAGAUGCCUCUAUUCGCCUCUUCCUCGUCGGCUUCGUGCUAGCGGCCGUGCUCUUGGUUCUUCCCUCUCCGCCGGUGGGCUCUCCUCCUCGUCCGCCUCCGCCGCCGCUGCCGCUGCCGCUUGACAACGAUAGGAACGUUCUCCCUGGCCGUUUGAUCACGAACGCCAGCGGAAACCUCGGGAUCCUGGAAGUCUCCGCUGCCGCCCCCAUGUCCAAGGCUCGGGUCUACGCCGACGUCAACGUCCACCGCCCGAAGGAGUACUGGGACUACGAGUCUCUCACCGUUCAGUGGGGUGAUCAGGAUGAUUACGAGGUCGUUCGGAAGGUUGGAAGAGGGAAAUACAGCGAAGUCUUUGAGGGCAUAAAUGUGUCCAAUAAUGAACGUUGUGUAAUCAAGAUACUCAAGCCUGUCAAGAAGAAGAAGAUAAAGAGGGAGAUUAAAAUACUUCAGAACCUUUGUGGGGGUCCAAAUAUUGUCAAGCUGCUUGACAUUGUCAGAGAUCGGCACUCAAAAACUCCUAGCUUGAUAUUUGAAUAUGUAAACAGCACAGAUUUUAAAGUGUUGUACCCCACACUGACUGAUUAUGACAUCCGCUACUACAUUUAUGAGCUUCUCAAGGCACUAGAUUACUGCCAUUCUCAAGGAAUUAUGCAUCGAGAUGUCAAGCCUCACAAUGUCAUGAUUGAUCAUGAGCUUCGAAAACUCCGUUUGAUAGACUGGGGACUUGCUGAGUUUUACCAUCCUGGCAAGGAAUACAAUGUUCGUGUUGCUUCAAGAUAUUUCAAGGGACCUGAACUCCUUGUUGAUUUACAAGAUUAUGACUACGCCUUGGACAUGUGGAGCCUUGGAUGCAUGUUUGCUGGAAUGAUUUUUCGCAAGGAACCCUUCUUUUAUGGCCAUGACAACCAUGAUCAGCUUGUCAAGAUUGCUAAGGUUCUUGGAACAGAUGAAUUAAAUGCUUAUUUGAACAAAUAUCGCUUAGAGCUUGACCCACAACUUGAAGCUCUUGUUGGCAGGCACAGCAGAAAACCUUGGUCUAAAUUUAUUAAUGCAGACAACCAGCAUCUAGUUUCUCCGGAGGCAAUUGAUUUUCUUGAUAAGCUUCUUCGCUAUGAUCACCUGGAUAGGCUUGCAGCCCGGGAAGCUAUGGCACAUCCAUAUUUCCUUCAAGUGAGAGCUGCAGAAAAUAGCAGGCCUCGCACACAGUAAUGUUGGCUCUUGGAAGUUGGGAUUGACGUAUGUUGUGAAUUAUGCAAUGUAUGUCAUUGAUCGGGGGUACUUGGUUUUAUACAAGUUUGCUGCCUUGUAGUGCUAAUCAAACAACAGUGGACAGUUGUGUAUACUGUACCCCUUUCUGAGCAAUAUUUGCGUGCAUGAAUGUUUAACUGUGUCCUUGGUCCCGAUUCGAUUCUUUCCUGAAUAGUUUUAGAACAUGUAGAUGUUUGUGUAAGCACAAGAUCCUUCUAUUAUGGCUGUUUAAAUUUUGAUCAAGGUCAUCUAGCAUGAGGUCAAA